AUGGAAAGCACACGGCCCACACGACUGAGCGACGGCCACCAACUGGUCGACCUUCCCUCUGGCACGCGUCUGGAAUGCCACGUUUCACUAGCACCCGCCUCCGCGUACACAUCCGACGAACUCGACGCCGACGCCGACCAGGGCAAACUAGCUGUCUGCCUGCAUCCAUGGGCAUGGCUGGGCGGGAGGAUGGAGGAUCCCGUACUGCAAAUGCUCAUGAGCCCAUUGCACGCGCAAGGAUAUGACGUCCUGCGGUACAACUCCCGCGGGGUAGGACAGUCGACCGGGCGAUCAUCCUGGACAGGAAAGAGCGAAGCCCAGGACCUGCAGGAACUGAUCCAAUGGGCCGUGAUGUCUAUGUCCUCUGUGCGGUCCCUCGUGCUUGUCGGUUAUUCGUAUGGCUCGCUGAUCGUAUCCCUCCACCCAAUCCUUCCAGACACGGAAAUAUCGCACAUCCUGCUCUCGUAUCCCCUCAGUCCUCGGCACUGGCUCACCGCAUUCCAUGGGAGAUACUACACAAAUGCUCUCAACACGCUCUUGAGCGAUCCGCGAGCCGUCGUGCUCGUUGUCUAUGGUGACGAGGACAACUUUACAUCCGUCGAAGAAUACGAUUUGUGGGCCGACGACUUGUCACGGCAAGCUGACGGCAGAGGAAAGCUAGAGAUCGUCAGGAUUGCUGAAGCAAACCACUUCUGGCGAGGGCCGGAUACUACCACGCGACUGGUCGAAGCCGUGGAAGGUUGGCUGUCGUGA